GUCAAAAUCUGCGCGCGCGAACAUUUUCUUCCCGUGAAAAUAAAUAUUUAUAGCUAAAAAGAUAAAAUAUAUAUACCUUAAUUUGGCUAAAUAUCCCAGGCAUUUCGGUGGCAUGGCUAAACAAGUGGCCGAAGUGGAAAUUCAUGCUACAAAAAAUUCAGAUAAGGAUUUGGAAGAUCUCGACAUCAGCGUACACGAGGUUGAUGACAAGCUGUUCUUAGGUAAUUUGGCUUGUGCUAGAGACUACAAAACAUUGAAAGAGCUCCAUAUAACACACAUAUUGACAUUGGACUUGGUGCCAUUACCGAGAAGUAUAUUAGAUCACACUGAUCUCACCUUUAAAUAUAUUAAAUUGGCAGACGUGCCAAAGGAGGAUCUGAUAUGCCACCUGCCAGAGGCAAUAGAAUUCAUCAAGAGUUCCGUCGCAGCACAAAACAAUACCCUAGUUCACUGUUAUUUUGGAGUGUCUCGGUCAGCAUCAGUUGUUAUAGCAUACAUGAUGGAGAGACAUGGUGCAAGUUAUGAAGAUGCCCUUGAUAUGGUGAAACAGAAGCGUCGUUUUGUCUGCCCUAAUGCUGGGUUUGUCGCUCAGUUGAAAUUGUAUGCACAAAUGGGCUUCAAGAUUGACAAGGAAGAUCCACGGUAUAAGCAGUUUAGAUUAAAAAUGGCUGGUCAGAAAUUAAAACAAGUGAAGAUCCUUCCCCAGUCAUGUCUAGAGCUGGUGAAGGAAGACCCUGGCCUUGCUCGUGAAAGGCCCGACCCUACCGUAUAUCGAUGCCGGCGUUGUCGGCGAGUGCUGGCCGCACAUCGUAACCUCAUACCGCACGCGCCCAAACAGGUCAAGGUGCAAUGGGCCAAGAAAGGUAUGCGGCCACCGCCCAGCUUGCUUACUGAACACGACGGGGGUGGUCUUAUAGAGAAGCUGCGCAGUCUAGCGAGCCAGAUGCUGGACCAACCAGAAGCGAGCAGUAGCCAACAAGCACAGAGACGCGGUGACUCGCCACAACGAGAGGAUAGUGAUCUCAAACAACGGGACAACGAAGAUUGGACCAAUGAGGCCAUGGAUGGGUACACGGAAAACAUAAUGGUGGAGGAGUCUAUUAUGUCGCGCUCCCAGACGGGCGUGUGCCGGCUCAUGUGGUUUGUGGAGCCGCUCGCCUGGAUGCAGGGGGUCACCGCCAGGCCCGGGGGGAAGCUGGCCUGCCCCGCCUGCUGCGCCAAGGUCGGCAGCUUCAGCUGGGUGCUGGGUUGCAAAUGCCCGUGCGGUCAGAAAGUGGCGCCGGCGUUCUACCUGGUGCCUUCAAAGGUGGAAUGGUCCAAUAUAGUGCAGAAUGUCCAGCUUACGCUAUAAUAUAGGCAACAGUUAAGAAGAAUGGACGAAAAACAUUAGGAAAAAGGUAAAAGUCUUUAUUGCCGCAGAACAUUAUUGUGAAAGGAGUUUAAAGAUCUUUAUGGCCGCUGAACAUUAUUGUAAUACUUCUUUAAAGUCUUUUAUUGCCGCAGAACAUUAUUGUAAAACUUCUUUAAAGUCCUUUAAUGCCGCUGAAUAUUAUUGUAAAACUUCUCUAAAGUUCUUAAUUGCCGCUGAACAUUAUUGCAAAACUUCUUUAAAUUUCUGUAUGGCCGCUGAACAUAAUUGUAAAACUUCUUUAUUGCCUCUGAAUAUUAUUGUAAAACUUCUCUAAAGUUCUUAAUUGCCGCUGAACAUUAUUGUGAAACUUCUUUAAAAUUCUUUAUUGCCGCAGAACAUUAUUGUAACAGCUCUUUAAAGUUCAAUUAAAGCUGUUUUCUGCGGGGUGAUCUCUGUGACUGGGACUUCAAUAAGUUACUUACAAUAAGUACUUUAAUAAGUUUUACUUAAAACAGCAUAACCGGCCCCAAAUUUGACCAAUUAGAUCAGUUUGAGUUUGAACUUAGUAAAUAUCCUUCAAAAUAUAAUUUCCUGUCCUCUUUUCAACACUAAGAGGUCCUUGUACUUCCACAAAUCCGUUUCACAUAGACUAAUAAAAUAGACAAGCACAUACCGUCUAAUAAUAAUUGCGAUUUUCUAAAACUAGAAAUUAUAGAAGUAAUAAAAUUAUAUAAAUUUCAAAUCAAUUUGAAGUGGGUGUUUAAAAUAAAAAAAGCAGUGAAUUAGACAUUAAUCUCCAGGAUUGUGAUAGUUAGAUGUUUAUGUUGCGUCUUGUCUUGGCGCGGAAACAUGCGCAGUAGCAGCUUACUGCGUGGUUUAUUAUCCAAUCAUAGCGCAGAUAUUGUUUAAAAAGACUGUUCAGGUUGGCGAUUUACAACAUUCGAUAAAAUUGCGUCUCAUUGAAAUAUUGUGCUCUGGUACUGACGACAUGUUCUAUGGGUUCCACCCUUAGACGCGACACCAGACAUCGCCUCGCUCUCUGCCGCGGAAAUUCCCCUCAUCCGGGGUGAGAUGAUUUACUCUUUUCCGCGUCUUUUUGUCUGACUAUUACCAUAAAACUCACAGCAGGUGUAGGCUCUGUUACUGGUUUUAUGACAUCUAAUUUUACCAUUCUGUCAAGUUUUUGUUUUACCACAGCUCUUAUAGCAUGUGGAAUUCUUCUUGACGGUUUAAUCUCCAGUUUUGGGUUCUCAAUCAGGUCAAUAUCAUACACAUAAUCCUUGUAACAGCCUAAUCCUUCAAAUACAUCGUCUGUACAUUGACUUUCCUUUAAUGUUUCACC